AUGCUUCGCCUUGGCCUGCUGCUCGGCACGUUUCUGCUGGGAUGUCUCUGGAUGACAGAAGUCAAGUGCAGCGAGGACUCAGGUGUGCGUGAGACCCACCGCAUGCCCAACUGGGCGCUGACCUCCUCGGACUUCUUCGGCUGGGUGGAGGAGCUGAGAUCCCACGCCGGCUACGAGAAGAUGGAGGACCUCGCCAGGACCUUCUGGGCCCACUUCCCGUCCGCCAGUCGCCUGGGUUACGACCCCCCCGCCCCUGAGGAGUAG